AUGGAAACCCUGCAACAAGUUCUGGGGAUUGAUUCAGCUACAAACUUUACGAAAGAAGUAUCAGAUCCUUUUCUGAGCUUUUUGGAGCACUCGAAAAUAUCUGGCCUACAGGUUAACAACAGUGUCCUCAACGAAUUACAAGAACUCGAAAACAAGCACAAGCAAGUCCAAAAAUGUGUCGAGGAAGUACUUCCACCUCUCAAAGAUUAUUUUGAUGGUCUCAAUGAUCAAUUGGUGUCUUUGACAAGAGAUUUGAGCUUCAUACGGGGUAAGUCAUCAGAGCUGAGCGAUUUGUUGCAAGAAAAUUCCUCCAAGCUAGCAGAUAUCAGUCCCCUAGUGAAUGAUCUCAUAAUAUCACCUGAUGUAAUAUCCCAAAUACUUCAUGGAAAAAUCAACAGCCAAUGGGUUGAAAACAUUGCUUACAUCAAAGAUAAAACUGAGAUAUACGAGAAGUACCGGGAUUCAAAUGAUGUGCCCUCCGACUUCGGAAAAUUGAGUAAUUUAUUAAACUUACUGCGAUCAAUGUUACUCGAAAGAAGCAAGAGAUAUAUUGUAUCUAGAAUUAAAUUGCUGAGGGAUUUCCAUACAGUCCCAUCGCAAAAGAUUCAAUCAGAGUUAUUAGAAGUCAGGGAAAUAUUUCAGUUUAUCGCCGAAAACAAUUACUCCCUAGCACUGGAAUUAAGACAAGCAUAUGCCUAUACUAUGCGUUGGUAUUAUAAUCAGUAUUUUGGUCGUUACAUGAGAUCUCUUACAAUACUUCAGUAUGUCUCCAUUGACUCUAACUUUGCCUUGGGGCAUGGGCUCACUUCCACUUCGGUGGGCUCCAAGGAUGCAUUUGGAAUAUCCAGCUACUUGCUUGGUGGAUAUAAAAGGCCUUUAUUGGGGUCAUUUGCGGUUACGGAUGAGGCAAUAAAUGAUUAUUUCCAAAUUGAUCAAAGGCUAUCGGUUCUGACGCAAGAAGAUAAUACAGUAAUGGUUUCACAAAUAGCGGAAAAUAACCACGUUCCUAACUAUCUUGAAAUUGGCUUUAAGAACCUAAACUUAGCCAUUUUGGAUAACUGUGCAGUAGAGUUCAUGUUUUUGAAUGACUUUUUCCAAGCGAACGACAAUAUCGAAGAUCUCCGUGGUAUACUGGAGCAGAUUUUCCAACCCACGUUUGAUGGUUCCAUGGAAUAUACGAAACAACUCAUUUACAAUACAUACGACAUCUUUGGUGUUUUAAUGAGUAUUCGAAUCGCUCACCAUUUGCAAUUUGAAGCACAAAGAAGACAGAUCCCCGUAAUUGAUGAAUUUUUGGAUGGCCAGCUUAUAUUACUGUGGCCGAAAUUUCAACAAUUGGUCGAUUUUCAGUGCGAAAGUUUAAGGAGUUUUCCUAUAACAAUUACUGUUGCAAAGUUGCCUGGAAGAGCAGAUAACGAUCCCUCCACGACGCCACACGAACUUACGGUACAAUUUGCCAAAUUUUUGACAAGUAUCCUUACCUUAUCUAUAACACACAAGGAGCUCAUAGAUGAACGCUCAGAGCCACUCUACAAUUCUAUUCUGAGAAUCAGAAAUGACUUCGAGACUGUCAUGACAAAAUGCAGCAAGAAGACUAAGCACGCGGAGAGGUUUUUGGCGGUAAACUAUAUCUACUUGCUCAACGCAUUGCAGCAAAGGCAUCUUGACUUUCAAGGUGAUGAUGGUUCAGAAGAAAAGGCCCCCAUCAUUUUCGAAGAAACGAAAGAGCAUUUGAAUGUAUUGGUUGAGGCCUUCAGUAAGGUCACGUGA